UCAUCCCUACUGGUGUAACACAACAGUGUCUACUGAGAGCAGAGGAGAGCAGAGCUGCUGUAGAGGACAGCAAGGAUUCAUGCCUUGGCGGCGAAACUCAGGCCAUGGAAAUAACGUUGAAGGGUUUUCCUCUGAAGGUGGUGAAUAUUCCAUGGAGGAAUAAUAACCUCAGUACUCUGCAUACAGACCCUCCUCUGUCCGAACAGGGAGAGACCAUCAUUGGAGUCUAUCUGUUAGUGUUGGGAUGGCUGUCCUGGUUUGGAAACAGUUUAGUGAUGUUUGUCCUCUACAGACAGCGGGCCUCACUUCAACCAACAGAUUUCCUCACUUUAAAUCUCGCCAUCUCCGAUGCCAGUAUCUCAGUGUUCGGCUACUCCAGAGGGAUCCUAGAAAUAUUCAAUAUCUUCAAGGAUGAUGGAUAUUUGAUCACCUGGAUCUGGACCUGCCAGGUAGACGGCUUCUUCACGUUGCUCUUCGGCCUCGCAAGCAUCAACACCUUAACCGUCAUCAGUGUCACCAGAUACAUAAAGGGAUGCCACCCAAGCAAAGCUUACUGUAUCAGCACCAACACCAUCGCUGUAUCACUCAUCUGCAUCUGGACUGGAGCAAUUUUUUGGUCUGUUGCUCCAGUUCUGGGCUGGGGCAGCUACACAGAUCGAGGUUACGGCACCUGUGAGGUGGACUGGUCCAAAGCUAAUUACUCCACCAUCUACAAGUCCUACAUCAUCUCCAUCCUCAUAUUCUGCUUCUUCAUCCCCGUGAUGAUCAUGCUCUUCUCCUACGUCUCCAUUAUCAACACAGUGAAAAGCACUAACGCCAUGUCUGCAGAUGGUUUCCUCACUGCCCGCCAACGGAAGGUGGAGAGAGAUGUCACAAGGAUUUCCAUUGUGAUCUGCACUGCUUUCAUCAUGGCCUGGUCACCAUAUGCAGUGGUGUCUAUGUGGUCGGCCUGGGGCUUCCAUGUGCCAAGCACGACCAGCAUCAUCACCCGUCUCUUUGCCAAGUCUGCCAGCUUCUACAACCCGCUCAUCUACUUCGGCAUGAGCUCCAAAUUCCGCAAGGACGUCUCAGUGCUGCUGCCGUGUGCACGAGAGCGCAGGGAGGUGGUGCGACUGCAGCACUUUCAGAACAUCAAACCUAAGGCUGAGGCCCCGCCACCGCCGCCGCCGCCUGCGUCACUUCCCGUCCACAAGCCGGAGGGGAAAUACGCAGCGGGGGAGCUGAACCAGUCCAAUCCUGACAGCGACUCAGGGGUCAACAGCCCUCCUCAGACGCCUCCAUCUGACACACAGGAGGUCUAUCACACUGAUGUGCCCUCACACAUCGAAACAUCAGAGUACUGGUGUGACAGGCUCUGAAGACUGUUCCCAUUCAACUUCAACCAAUACUUGAAUUACGAGGGGAGAUUUUUGGUCUUUCCCAUGUUAAUGAACUGUACGUGCAAC